AUGAGUUGUUCAGAUGAGAUAGUCAAGUUCAAGAAGGCGUCAAUGAAUGAGUUUGAGAUGAAUGAUCUAGGAAACAUGAUAUACUUUCUAUGCAUGGAGAAUUUUUACUCCGAGAAGGGUAUAAUUUUGCAUCAACUAAAGUAUGAACUUGAAAUAAAUCCCAAGUUAGAUUAUGAUGUUAAGGUUUAUGAACAAACAAAAGUGGUCACAUUACAAGUUGCUAUCAAGAUACUAAGGUAUAUUAAGGGAACUCUGAGGUAUGGAGUUUUAUUCCCUUUUGGUGUUAUAUCUGAUUUAGAGUUGAUAUACUAUUCAAGCUCUGAUGGUAUGAAGAUAGAUUUGGCAGAAGAAGAUAUAAAGAUCAAGGUUAGCAAUCCUGUGAGGUUGAUGAUUGACAAAAAAUCAGCUAUAAGCCUUGCCAAGAAUCCAAUGUUGCAUGGAACGAGCAACCACAUUGACACGAAGUUCCAUUUUAUGCACAAUCAAGUUCAGAAUGGAGUGCUAGAAGUUGUUCACUUUAACACUCAAAAGUAA